AUGGGACAAAGCUCUGAACCAUCUGCUAUUGCUAUUGCGGACUUGAAUAAAGACAAUCUAAUGGAUAUUGUUGUAACUAAUAGUGGCGCCAAUGCUGUACUUAUUUUCUUCGGAUUAGGCAACGGAACAUUUUUUAAUCCAAAAUCAUAUUCUCUUGCUUAUGGAUCUCGCCCAGCAUCCGUUGCUAUUGCAGAUUUUAACAAUGAUACUUUGCUGGAUAUCGUUGUUGCCAAUUAUGGUUCUGGUUAUGUAGAAGUACUCGUGCAGACUUGUUAA